AUGAAGAGCUCCGCUGUCAUGGCAGCCCUGCUUGGGGCUUGCCAGGUGCGGGCUGCUGCUGUAUUUGCGCACUUCAUGAACCAGGUGUCAAACUCGCCAAAUUACACCCUGAGCACUUGGGAAACAGACAUUGGUCUGGCGCAGGAUGCUCACAUUGACGCCUUUGCGCUUAAUAUGGGAUCUGGCGAUUCUUCCAACGACAUCGCUUUGCCAUUGGCAUUCGAGGCUGCCGAAAGCCUGGGCUUCUCCCUCUUCUUCUCCUUUGACUAUGACGCUAAUGGCGCUUGGGACAAGGCCGAUGUCAUUUCUUUGAUUUCGAAAUACUCGUCGAGCUCUGCCUAUUACCAAUACAACGGACAGCCCUUUGUUUCAACCUUUGAGGGCCCAGGAAACUCUGAAGAUUGGACCACCAUCAAGUCUGAAACGGGUUGUUUCUUCAUGCCGGAUUGGUCUUCAUUAGGCGCUAAAGCUGCCAUGGAGCUUGGGACUGCUGAUGGACUGUUUAGUUGGGCUGCGUGGCCAUGGGGGGACCAAGACAUGACCACGUAUACCGACGCCUCGUAUGAACAGUACCUUGACGGACUUCCUUAUAUGAUGCCUGUCUCGCCAUGGUUCUUCACCAAUCUCCCUGGCUACUCGAAAAAUUGGUUGUGGCGCGGGGACAAUCUUUGGUACGACCGUUGGCAAGAAGUCUGGUAUGUCGCUCCGGAAUUUGUGGAGAUUCUCACUUGGAACGACUAUGGCGAGUCUCACUAUAUCGGCCCCCUAUACGACUUCGCCUAUGAAGAGUUGUUCACUAUCGGAGAGGGUCCCUAUAACUACGCAGCUAAUAUGCCCCAUGAUGGAUGGCGCAAGUUCUUGCCUUAUCUAAUCGACACCUACAAGAACAGCAUUGCUACUAUCACGGAGGAAGGCCUUGUUGUAUGGUAUCGUCUCAACCCCAAGACUGCGUGCGGCACUGGAGGGACUUCGGGCAACACCGCUAGCGAGCUUCAGCUUGAGUUUGAGCCGUACGAUAUUGUCGAUGAUACGGUCUACUUUGAUGCGCUACUCGCAUCGGAUGCUGACAUCUCUGUCACAAUCGGCGGCGUGUCGGUGGCAGCAUCGUGGGCCGCUAUACCAGACGGUGGCAUUGGCAUCUACCACGGAAAAGCACCCUUCGACGGAAAUACGGGCGAGGUGAUCGUGACAUUGACCAGGUCCGGUAGUACUGUGGCCACGAUGACGGGCGAGUCUAUCACGACGGACUGUACCGACGACAUUGAAAACUGGAACGCAUGGGUUGGCAGCGCUGACGGCCCUGCCAUAUCCGCCACGCCAACAUUGACAUUGUCGGAGAGCGUCUGUAUCAAUGGCACGGGCGCGAACAACUUUGAGGGUCUCUGUGAAUUUGCCUGCGAGCUGGGAUACUGUCCCAUAAGUGCAUGCACCUGCACCAUGAUGGGCGCCCAGAAGACCCUGCCCAACGCAACCGACGUAAGUGGCUACCCCCUCUCUGGCGAAGACGCGAGCUACGAGGGACUCUGUGCUUUCGACUGUACGUAUGGCUACUGCCCUACUGGGGCGUGCGGCACCACGUCUGCUCCGCUCAGCACGCCAACCGUAUCGGACUUUGACAAUCCAGCAUGUGUCGGAGGAGAUGGCGAAGGCAAUCUCAAAGGGCUGUGCGCAUUUGCGUGCGGAUAUGGUUACUGUCCGCUCGUAGCAUGUACUUGCACCGCUGAGGGCCCCCUGGUGACACCAACAACAACACUCGCCAUUACAGGCAUGCCCGUUGUUGGCGAGGCAUCGGCCACAUACGCUGGAAUCUGCAGCUUCGCGUGCAGUCACGGCUAUUGCCCUGAAGGCGCCUGCAUGGCGGCCACCGCCACCGACACGACCACGGCCCUUGCACCCACCGCAAGCGCCAGCGGAACAGUCUGUGUGUCAGGAACAGGGCCUGGUAACUUCGCUGGUCUCUGCAGCUACUCCUGUCACUAUGGCUACUGCCCCGAGCCCUGUACCUGCAACCAGUAUGGCACGCAGGUGACGGCCCCUGCGACAGAGGGUCUGUUCGGCUACCCGGCAUCAGGGCUUAACUGCAGCUACUACGACCUCUGCAGCUACACGUGCAACCGUGGCUACUGCCCUGACGCUGCCUGUUCCUACGAUACUUCGCCAUAUUCAUGCAUCGAGGUUGAGGUAUUGUCCCUCAGUGGAACGACCUUCACUCAAACGCCUCUUUGGGAGCUGGUCGACUGCGAAAAUGCCGGCGUUGUCAAUGCAGCGCAGAACCAGACGACCAGAUGGAACGACGUUGAUACCAUUGAAGCAUGGAAUGCUGCCGUCGCCAACUGGACGGCCGAUCCGUUCCCUGCAAACCUCACCUUCAGUGAACAGGUUAGCAACUUCUUUAACGGACCCGAGGGAAUGGACUGCGGCACCACUUCCGAUCACAACGGAUGCGAGACAACGGUUGAAUGCAAGGAUGUCGAUCACCCGGCCGGGUAUUUCAUUCUCAACUCGCUUGAGGAAGUAUACGAGAUAAACCAAAACAUUUAUGACGCUAUUGGGCGCGUGGUGGGACCGAUAACAGACAAUAUCGGGAUGUUCCAGGACACGUUCGUGAAAAUUUCGUCCGAGACAGAAAUGGACAAGCUCCUCUUGGAUAUUCUCGGUUUGAGCUACUCUUUAAUGGCAGCGCCAAUCUGGAACGAAUAUCUCAAAGGAUUUGCGUAUUUCGUCGAGAAUAAAGACACGCUGGGCGUCUUGAAAGACAGCGUCAACCCCAUUGUUUCGAGCGGAAUCACCAUCUCCAAAGAUGAAGCCACCAGUGGGGACUAUGCCCUAAACGUAAAGAAUGACCUGGAAACCGCUCUAGGCAAUAUAGUAGAAAUCUACUAUGAGUCCAUCACGGCCGUGAACAGCGCUGUUUUCAACGGGUCUGAUAGCAGCAUCGACACACUGUGGGGACUAAUACAGGAGGGCCGGAUGAUGGAGCCGACAAACAGUACUCCUACCGACUUGCAAAUCCAGACCUACAUCGAAGCGUCUAUGUACUCCUCUCUCAUUCCGUACGCGUGGUCACUGAGCAGCUCGCCAAGAUAUCCUUUUAUUUUGGAUGCGGGCAGUGACUGCUCGGAUAUCGACCUCAUGGCUGUAUGGAUGUCCUCAGACACAGAAGCCGAGGAUACAUAUUAUUGUCACAAUGACAAGCUGUAUUAUCUCCUCGUCGUCACUGGAGAAAAGGCUAGUUGCCCGACGCCACCUACCUGCGGCCUAAGUUGCGGCGACUGGCCACUCGAGAUGCCUCCAGGUCUCACGGCUCUGAAUGGAUCCGAUGGAGUUUGGGGGAACCUCACAAAGGCAGACUUUAUUGUCGGAGCACUGAACGGCUAUGAGGCUAACGGCAAUGCGAACGGAUGGGACACUCUCGACCCGAUGACCACCACAGGCUGGAGUGACUUAUGGGAGUAUGGCGUGAGGGCACCGGGUGUCGUAAACAUACCAGUGUGCGACGUUGACACGGCCUACGCAAAUUGGGCAGAAGGGUAUAAGAGUACCGACAGCUAUUACCCCUGCGGGCCCCUUAGCGAAUCAAUGAAAGAGAAAGUGAGAAGGGCGGUUUGUUAA